AUGUUGUUAGCAGCCAUUGUUUCAUCAACUGGUAUUCAGUCAGAGGAGGCGAUCACAGGAAAGCAAGGAGUGUCUCUCAGUAGUGUUGUUCCGCGGCUCUGGCCAUUCCUAAGACAUAAUAUUUUGUCUGUGAGGAAGGCGACUUUACAAACAUUGAAGAUUAUCCUGGAAACUUACAGAAAACGCUUAGAUAAGGUAACGUUUGGGGUUUUUGGUGUAGUAACUGAAGUUUAGGCUAGCGAGAACCUACAACAAAGAACGUGUAUGUCAAGACCACUGCAUAAGUUUUGAAGUGUGUCAUGUCAUUUUUUUUGUUAGGCAAGUUCACCGCAGACAUGUUGGUUGACUCCUAUCUUAGAAGACGCCAUGCGACAUUUCUUUGAAAGAUUUUUAGUGGAACAAAAUAAAGAAUUACUUGGACUGCUCCAGGAGGUAAAGAAAGAGUUAUUCUAUAUUAGGAAAUCAGCCUCCAGCAGAGUUAGUACAAAUUAUUCCAACAAGUUGAUAUCACAUUGUGUUCACGUUGGUUGUUCACAGUUUGUUGACAAGUUGCAGCAUCAUUUUGUAUCAGUUAUACAAAUCCCUUCACGCUCAUGAUUUCUUUUGUGUUUUCUUCAUGAAUUAUUAAUGAGUUUCACAAGUAAUGUUACGAACAUACAUUAAUUGUUGUGUAGAAUUAUUUAAUAAGAAGCGUGUGUUAUCCAUACACCUAGGUUUGGAGAAGUACAAUUGGGUGUGUCCAGUCACGUCAGCUUGCCACGGUAACAGCACAAUGGAUCAAUAUUUGGUUAUCCAUGGCAAUGUAUCCCAAGUCAGCCGCGUUCAACCCAGCCUGGAUUAUCAGUACUCCCGUUCAGCUAAAGGUGGGAUGAAUGAAACAUUUAGCAAACCAAUAAAUAAAGGAAACUUAUAUACCUGUUUGUUUUUCAGGAAGGUGCAAAGAAAUCAGUAACUACAGAUAAUAUUGGUGGCAUUUUGGUUGGUAAGACUGAAGCAGAAGUUGAUUCAAUUAUUGUUCAAUCAAGACAUGCAUCAUCACGGUAAGAAAACCAAGUUGUAGGUAGGGUUGAACAAUAUUCACAAGCUUAUAUGACUAUUAUUAUUAUUACUCAAAUUUAUAUUGCGCAAGAUUCCAUAGAAAGAUGCUCACCUGCUCAUUACAAGUUAAAAAUAGAUCUAUAAUUACAUGAAAAGUAGAUUGUCUAAAAUAUGCUUAAGAUAUAUCGUUAAAAGUAUCUAUAUAAGUGCGCAUAUAUGAAUACCUGAAAAAUACAAAUAUACAUACAAACAUAUACAUUGAGAAUAAUACAUGGGAGCUUGGAAAUACCAGAUUUAUUUCGAGUGUUGAACAUGAUAUAUCACGAGUGAGCGCAGCGAACGAGUGAGAUAUCAUGUUCAACACGAGAUAUCAUGUCCAAGCUCCCAUGUAUUUUUCUGUUUAUUAUAUAAACAAAAUUUACAACAAAUUUACAACAACAUGCGUUUUACAACAAAUGAUAUUUUCACACGUAAAAAUAUCGUAUUUUUUACGUGUGUUUAAAUACGAUUUUUCUCAGUGGCCAAAAACUCUAUAUAACACUUACGUUUAUAUAAUAAAUAUACGUAUUAAUAAAAAGCUAUCCUAAAAAGAUGUGUCUUCACUAAUUUUUUAAAAUGGUCCACUGAUUUUGCAACUACUUUAAAAAUAUAGAUACUUGGCAUCCUAGAAUAAGAAUUGUUUUCCCUGCCAGUUUGCCGCCACAGUAUUCAUAUGUGAAGCUGCAUAUAAUAACAUGUAACGUUAUUUCUGAUUUCAGAGCGUUGGGUUUUCUUGGUUUUUAUUUGAGUUCAAUUGGUGAUGAUGUAUGUUUAGCUGCGUUAGAUCUGUUUGUUCAAUGUUUACAUGGAGCUCUGAUGUCCACCUCGGGAUCUCAAUAUAUGGUGGCUGCUAUGACUGUAACAGAGUGGGCUUCGCUUGAUAAGGUGAAAUUUCCCUUCCUGCCUUUCAUCAACAUUUCCUAAUUGUUAAACGCAACUAAAACCAAGUCAUCUUUUGAUGUCUCUUUCAUCUCGAGGCCAUCAUGAUACUGACUUCAUCAAUAUGGUGAUGUUAUCCCUAUGGGCAUCUCAAGAAUAUUAUAACGCCCUCCUCCCAUGACGUCAUCUUCAUUAUGACGUCAUCAUCUUAGUAGGUCAUCAUUACAGUGACGUCAUUCUUAUAAUGAGAUCAUAUUCACCAUGAUGCCAUAAUGGCGUCAUCUUCUUUAUGACGUUUUUAUGACAUCAUCCUGUUUAUGACGUCAUCAUACUCUGACAUAUUUAUAUCUUUAAUGAUUAUUUAUGUUAGAGUUGUCUAAAUUUGUCAUCACUUGGUUCGAAACUUAUUGAAGUUCUCACUGCACAUGUUGUUUAUGACGAAGUUGGAGUUCUGUUCACGAGAUUACAGACAGAUUGUCAGGUUUGUUCUGUCAUGUAAAUUUUACCUUGCUGGUCACCAGUACUAUCUGUGGGUAAUGUUUAGUGAACCCUACCUACAUCAUUGCAAUGCCCAUGAAAGCUAUUGUCUGACUACCUACCUACACCAUUCAAUGCCCAUGAAAGUUAUUGUCUUCUGACUACCAAACUACCCGACACCAUUGCAAUGCCCAUGAAAGCUAUUGUCUCACUACCUAUUAAAUUACACCAUUCCAGAUGAUCUUGAUACGCGGAAAAGUACUGGCACUAGUUGUCAAAUAGAAAUCCAUUUUGUGAUUAAAACAACUGAAUAUCUCCUGUAAUAUACUUUAUUUCGAUUCCAUAUUUUUGUCAGAGCUAUAGUUCUCAUAACCAAACAUAAUUACAAAAUUUCAACUAGUUUCCUAAAGAAUAACGAAAGAUAUAAUUGACUGAAUACAUCAAAAUGGAUUUCUAUUCGGACAACCCUUUCUGAGCGCUGAUUGGCUAAAAUACGAACACGAGAUCACCUGGUUGUAAUGCCCAUGAAAGUUAUUGUCUUCUGACUACCGAACUACCCGUACCAUUGCAAUGCCCAUGAAAACUAUUGUCUCACUACCUAACUACAUCAUUGCAAUGCCCAUGAAAGGUAUUGUUUGACUUAUAUUUGUAUUUCAUUUCUCUACUAGAGUCUUCAGAUUGCUUUUCAAGAGAAAGGAAUAGACACUUCAUCAGUCAAUCAAUCCGGGUGAGAACACUGACCUAUAUUAAUGUACCUGGACUAUUAAUCGGCCAUUACCCGCAGGCAUUCUAAUAACAAAUAUCAACUGUUUGUAGUUACCAUACAAUUGAGGGUGCCACAUCGCUGGUCUCGACUGUGUUUGAAGAGGCUGUCAAGAAUCUUUCUGCCAAGGAUGUUGGGGUAUGUUCUAAGCUGGUUUUCAACGAUACCACACAGUUGUAGUGUAAAAUGUUGGCCUCUAAUUCACUAUUCAACAGACUUUAGCCUCUAAUCCAAUAUUCACUCAUUUCUAGGUUCUGGAAAGCAAACGUAGACACCUUGUAGCAACAAUUGGUCAACUCCAGUACGAGUUUGAAAAACAUAGCGUAAGGUAUGAAGUAAUUCAAAUACUGUCUUUGCCAGUGUAGGUAGUGCCAAUCAAAUGAACAAGCUUUCCUUGGUAGGGAUACAACCAUCUGAAAAUAUAUAACGACUCGACUAGUAACGGAGCGCCUUCGCUCGAAACGCUGAAAUUCUCCUUAUAUAUUUUCAGGUAGUUGCAUCCCUACCAACGAAAGCUUGUUCAAAUACCGUCAACCUCCGAAUAUAAGCCAACCCCCCCCGAAUAUAAGCCCCCCGUGUAUAAGCCCAUCACAUGUACUAACGCUCACUCAUUCCAAAUAUAAGCCCCCCCCCCAAAAAAAAAAUAUAAGCCCACCCGAAUAUAAGCCCACUUGUUUAUCACUAUUGUUUAUCACUAUUACCACUAUUAAUCACUAUUAUUACUAUGCUUAACACUUGUUUAUAACUAUUACUAUACUUGUUUAUCACUAAUACACUAACACAAAAGAUCGUCCAUGUAUAAGAGCCCCCCCCCCCCGUAUAUAAGCCCGCCCUUGUAUAAGCCCAUCAAAAAUCGCUUACGAAAGAAUAUAAGCCCUGGGCUUAUAGUCGGAGGUUUACGGUAUUUCAAGUAACUUUUUAUGUAUCUGAACUACCUGACAAAAAAUACAUAUCAUCUCAUCUCAUUGUUCAGAGUGUUAUCACUCAUCGCUGGUGCCUUGGUUACCAUGCGAACACUACCACCCAAACUCAAUCCAGUCAUUCGACCUUUAAUGGACGCCAUUAAGAAAGAAGAGGACCCGGCCAUGCAAGUAGGUUGAACUAAAAUAAGCUUUUGUAUACUGGGUAGAUCCAUGGGUUCUAAACUGUUCUCCCUAGAUGAGACUUUACCACUCUUUAUUCUGUUCAUUUUUUAGCAACAUGCAGCUUACAACUUAACCCAGUUACUGGAAUUCUGUCUGCAACGAACUCCCUGCCCUAACUCGAAGAUUGUCAAAAAUCUCUGUUCGUUCGCGUGUAAUGAUCCCAACGAGACCCCAAUUGUAGCGGUGAAUCCCAAGACACCCUCUGCAGCCACUUCGUCCCAGGUGACCAACGGGAGUGUGGUGGAUGGUCGAUAUUCUGGAAUUAUAACCCUGGCAAAACAAAAUGAAGUGAGUUGUGUUUUAUGAACUCGGACAGCUUUCUAAAGCUUCGUUUACACUUUACUGAAAUCUGCCAAUACAGUGUAAAAUAUUUGUACAGUUAUAAUGUAGGUUUUAUUUUUGUUCUAGAAUAAAUCAGUUAAUUCAAGUACAAAGAAAGAAGGUUCUAAACUUGCUGCUGUUGUCGAUGUACCAUCUUCUGUUAUUAAAGACACACAGAAAGACGACGAGGUACUUUAUUUCGUUAACUUUUUACUUCUUUAUUCUGGCUUCCAUCUGUAUUUUCUUCUUUCCUGCUGUCCGUCCUUCCUACCUUACUUCAUCUCUUCCUUUUCUCCUCAUUAUUUUUCUUCCUUCUUUUCGUCUCCUCAUUCGUUCCUUUCUUCUCCUCAUUCCUUCCUUUCGUCUCCUCAUUCGUUCUUUUCUUCUCCUCAUUCCUUUUCGUCUCCUCGUUCGUUCCUUUCUUUUCCUCAUUCCUUCCUCCUCAUUCCUCUCCAUUCUCCCUCCCUACUUCUUUUCCUACCUCCCUCCUUUCUUUCUUUCUUCUCAUGUCAAGAUUAUUUCAUUUUUCAGAAUCAAAAGAAUGUGAAGCUUCAGAGAAAUGGAGCUGAGCUCACAUUACGUAACAUCGCAAAACAUUUCAAGGAAAAACUGCCUGAGAAAAUCCCGGAACUUUGGAAUAUCAUGAUUGGUACCCUAGAGAGAAACCUUCAUAAUGUACCUGGUGAGUGGAUAGCUUUCUUCUUGCAGUAACACUGGAUUAAUAAGAAAUAUGACGCAUAUUGGAUCUCUAGGGAGAACAGUUUAGAACUGUUAAAGCUAUCUAGUAUAAAUAAAGUAAGUUAUAAUUAUUCCUCCUAUAGAUCUUCAAGUACUCCAAGACAACGACUCGUCAGCUCAAGAGAUUGUCAACAGUUUACAGCUGCUUGAACUUCUGGCACCAACAUUGAAUAAAGUAUUGCAAGAAAAAGUGAGUUACCUGUUUAUCUAAACGAGUUGGUUUCAGUAAGCCAUGUCGAACAGCAGAUGGUAGUCAACUGGCAGUUAUGAAAAUAAUGCUAAUUCUUUCAUUAUAUACAGUAGUCUUGUAUCCGAUAGUAAUGUAAAUAACAAAGAUAAAGAGAAUCUUAAGUAACUGUAAUAUUAAGGUUGCCUUAAAACCCUAUUUGACUUUAGGCCAUAUUUUCGCAAGCUAAAACAAAUCAGAAAUCUAAUGCUGUAUAUUCUAUACCAUGCUAUACACAAGAUUGCGUGGAAAACUCUAAAGUAAUUACCACAAACAAUGCCUAUUUGCCAGAAGAAUACAUGCAUCUCAUUGGCAGGUGACGUCAUCCCUUGUGUAUUUAGAAGUCACGAUAGACUGGAGUGUCGAAACGUUGGGCCUUGAUUACAAUUCGACUGGGCUUUAUAAUCAUUUAUUUAAACCAGAGUAGCGAGCGAAAACAUGAUUGAUAUACAUGGUUGCAAUGAACGAACAAACGUUAAAAAGAGGAAUAAAGUUUUUCGCUUGUACCAAUAGGGACCUUAAGCAAACAGGACGGCAACGUGACGACGACGGCUAUUCACACAAUGAUAUUCCUGAUCUCGUACAAAAGAAAUGAAUAAUUAAAAGCCCCACGGGAGUUAGAGACGUUGUGUUAGGGCUUUUUACAACGGCAAACCAGAAUUUUCACGUCUCGUGUACAACGCAAACAUGUCAAGACGCGACAAGUGUAACUACAAAUUUGCUCAGCAGAAGCGUUUUUAACCAUAUUAAAGCCUUUGUUUUAAUCUCUUCAAACUGAACUCAAUUCGUAUAUACAUGCAGUGGAUAAUACACAACAACUCUUCCUCGCAAUAAUUUAGUUGAAGAACUUUGUUUUGGCUGUCGUCGUCGCGUUGCCGUCAACAAUUCUGCUGUUGACCUUGUAUCACGGCCUUGUAUCACUCACAGAAACGUUCCUCUAUUUUUAUGUAGGUACUGGCACUGAUUUCGUCUUCUCUGCGAAGUUUGGAACAUCCCUACAACAGUGUCCGUCACAUGACUUCCAGGGUCGUGGGUACUCUAGGUACUUUAUUCACUUCGCGAGUAAUGGAGAUGGUUUUGGAUCAAGUGGUCCCGCUUCUUAAUAAUGUUGAUAAUAUUGGAGCUAGAGAAGGAGCCAUUGAAGCUAUAUAUUGUAUCCUUGAACGCUUUGUUUCGCACUGCUUGUUAUACAACGCAGAAUUAGCCAUUUCCCAAUCGAGCAGAGGACUGGAUCUAGUCGCUUGUUUGGAGGGACAAAAAAUAAACAAUAUGUUGAAUAUGGCAUCUAGGAACAGUGGCGGAAAUUCACUUUUCCGGGGGGGCAAAGCAUCCUAAAUUUCCGACAAAACUUUCAAAACUUUCAAAUUCCCUAUUUUCACUCGAAAAGGCGGUUUUUAGCCUUCUUUAGAUCAAAAUUUCCGAAAAUUCGUAAAUUUUCCGUGAAGGUGGGGGGGGGGGGUCCCCCCCCCCCCCCGAGAUUUCCGCCACUGUCUAGGAAGUUUUUCUACAUUCCUAAAGUUAUUUGUGCAGCCUGAAACGCAACAAUUAUAAUAAGGCAUCUUUUAAUACAUAUUUAGCUCGCUCACUAUAACUUGUUGUCCCUCCAAACGUCCCUCCAAACAUCAACUAGACCCAGUCCUCUGCUCGAUUGGGAAAUAUUUGGCUAAUAGAAGCAGAUGCAGUUGCCAGCUGAAGGUCUAAUAUCCUGCUUUAACUUGAUCUUCUUCACUACUGUUGUGAUUUCUUCUUUCCUGUUGUUCAAAGACUUCUCUUCUUAGUCUUCCGGUUUUCCUACCUCACCAUAAACUAUACCACUGAGUAUGUACCAUACAGAGGUCCGAGUCCAGCCGCUAUAUAGUCGUUAUAUACAGUAGCCUUGUUCCUAGCCAGUGCUUUAACGAGAGGUACUCACCCCGCUGACAUGGCGCUCAGUUACGCUAACAUGAAAGACGCCGACACGGAGUCAGACAUCUGUAAGUCUAUAUUCUGUGGCUGUAUAUACAUCUGUAAGUCUAUAUUCUGUGGUUGUCUGGUGGCAGCCAUUGGUACCAUAGUGAGCCUUCGACUCGGUCACAUCCCUUGCAAUUCAACUUUCAACCGCAAGGGAUGAUGAUCAGCAUUUUCUACCUCAAUGCAUGGUGUACAGUAUUUAACUCAUGACGCAUUUUCUUAACAAUCAUGACCAGAUAUUACAAAUCGUCUCCAGGUGGAUGUUAUUCCUUACGUUAUUUUAUUGAUCAUCCCGACACUCGGGGCAAUGAGUGAUCACUCUGAGCAAGUGAGGCUCAUGGCUGCUCAAUGUUUCGCUACGUUGAUCAGUUUAAUGCCUUUGGAGGUGGGACAUCUUUAUAUAUUUAUGUCCUAUUAUAUAGCAUUUUUAUUUACUAGGAUACUGCCAUAUAGUGAUAGUCGAGUUACCUGUUUUUGCCCUGUAAAGCCUCUUUCCCAUCCAUCGCCAAAACCAACCCGUAAGCUCACCUGCGAGUUCUCUCAUCCAAUCACAAUGCUCAACAUUGUAUUUUAAUUAGAUGCAAGCACUCGCAGUGAACUUGCGAUAAGUGGAAAAAUGCCAUGUAGACGCUUUUAAGGCUGGUAGUGAGCUGAAUAAUAACUGAUGUAAUGUAAUGUUUACACUAUCAAAGUUUCUGUGAUCACAGUAGGAUUUUACCAUAGAUAUCUUAUAUACACUAGAUAGCGCAUCUCUUUUAGUAAAAUUGAAGCCAAGAAUAUUCCAGCGGUUACCCCCAUUUGAAUAGAUGGCGGCCAUAUUGGAGUUUCCCACUCGCUAAUAAACACUUAAAAAACAACAAUAACUUUCAUCAUUUGAAUAGUUUGAAUAUGUAUUUGGAAUAGGUUUAACUUAAUGUUUAAGAAAUAGAAAACAUACGAGUCUUCUCAUUUCAUGGGAAUAUCCCGAGUCUGCAAUCACGGCUUCAAUCUAUGGAUUUUGCAUGGGUAAAUUCACGUUUUGAAGGAUUUGUAAGAAGUGUUAAACAACGAGUCAGUUCCCUCAAAUAUUUCUUACAAAUCCUUCAAAACUUACCUGUGCAAAAUUCAUAUUGUGAUCACAGAAACUUUGGAAAUACCAGUCCAAGGUAACUGUGUUUCAUUCUGUAGUCGUCAGCGAGACCUGUCCAGUUGUCUGCAGUUCUCAGUGAAAAGCGAGAUGAAGAAAGGCAUUUUCUCAAACAGUUAUUUGGUGAAACAAAACUAGACAACUUUGUGGUCCCUAUUCCUAUCAAGGCUGAACUGAGAAAAUACCAGCAGGUAAAAUAAAUUAUUUGAUUCAAGAACAGAAGAGCCCGCGAUGCAAAACGAAUGCAAGAAGAAUAGAGAGGACACGCAAGUCAGUAUUUUAAGCAUUCAGUUUUUAACUUACCACAAUUUUUAUAUUUGUUGAAUUUUUUCACCAGGAUGGAGUGAACUGGUUGGCGUUUUUAAGAAAGUAUAAACUGCAUGGGAUACUGUGUGAUGAUAUCCUUUACCUUGUUUGUUUGUUUGUUUGCUUGCUUGCUUGCUUGCUUGUUUGUUUGUUUGUUUGUUUGUUUGUUUGUUUGUUUGUUUGUUUGUUUGUUUGUUUGUUUGUUUGUUUGUUUGUUUGUUUGUUUGUUUGUUUGUUUGUUUGAAAGGAAUUUUUAGAAUGAUCGGUAAUACUCGGUAAAUUGAGUGGUAAUACUUGAAUGAAUCUUAACUCCUCGUCAGAUAUGGGACUGGGUAAGACUCUGCAGACUAUUUGUAUCGUAGCUGGUGAUCAUCAAGAGAAAGUAGCUGCCUCGAAGGUAUGGGGAAUAAUAAGUUAGAGUUAGGAUUAAGAUUAGGAUUAAGAUUAGGAUUAAGAUUAGGAUUAAGAUUAGGAUUAAGAUUAGGAUUAGGAUUAAGAUUAGGGUUGUGGUAAGGAUAUGAUUAGGUUGGGAUUUUUCUUCUGCAAGAGUUUUAAAGAACGAAGCUUAAGAUAAAAGAAUAUGUGAUUUAACGUUUGCUUGUGUUGAAGUUAGGUGUUGAAUUUUAUUGCUGAUGUUACUCUGAGUAGACUAGCAAACCAAAGAUCGCGGUUUCUUUUCCCACCACUGUCAAGCAAUUUUCCAGCUUGCCCGGUGUGGAGACACUCAGAGUACCAUCAGGGAAGAAUGUGUGGUUUAUUUUUCUUCCAGCAGGAAGAAAGCAAUGUGCAACUUCUGCCAUCUCUAGUGAUCUGCCCACCAACAUUGACAGGACAUUGGUGUUAUGAAGUGGAGAAAUUUGUCGCUAAAGAACAUCUUAAUCCCCUGCAUUACACUGGACCUCCGGGUGAAAGAAUACGGUAAGAGACGAUGUUGAAAUCGAGUGCUCGAAAUAUUGAAUGGACUACAGAUUCAUUAAAACAUGUGGUGUGAAGAACAUCAUGCACAAUAAACCUGUACCCAGGCGCUUGAAUAAUGCCAACCAUUUAUUUACUUUGUUGUGCUCCCCCCCCCCCCUCACCCCAAUCACAGCUCGUCUACCUGUCGGAUUUUAAGCCUGUUCCUCAACUCUCCCUUAAAAUCGUCUGAUACACUGGCUAAUCACAGGUGAAAUUAUAUACGCCAAAAAACAGGAACAGCGUUUCAUUUUUAAACCUUGCACGGUGUCAAUUAGCGAUUCUCAUCUGCAAAAAUCCAAUUAUAGGUUAAGACAGAAAGUUAAGAAACACAAUCUUGUUAUUGCAUCGUAUGACAUUGUCAGAAACGACAGCGAUUUCUUCAAGUAAGUAUAUUACAGGACCUCUAGGAAGUUUACAGCUGAUAGAAUUGGCAAGUAAAAAAACUUCUAAAUUUCUGUCUAGGUCUGUGUCAUGGAACUACUGUGUUUUAGAUGAAGGACAUAUUAUAAAGAAUGCUAAGACGAAGGUAGAGUGAAUUAUUGUAGUUGAUUGUGUUGGGAAGGGUUUUGGUGUUAAGUCGGACGACUCCAAUACGGACACCAUAAUAUAUAUGUUCUGUGUGUUUUAGAUGUCUAAAGUGAUCAAGGAAUUAAGAGCUAGUCAUCGUUUGAUUCUAUCUGGAACACCUAUCCAAGUAAGACUACUUUCUAGUAGGUUUCACAAAGCACUCUCGUGCAGCAGAUGGUGGUCAACCUGCACUUAUCAGAGUUAGAGAAUAAUGUUCAUUCUUUUCAUUAUAUGUGGCAGCCUUGUAUUUGGAAGAAUUGAAAGAUGUAGUUUAAUUUCUUGUUCCCAUAAAUGUCAACAUUUGUGAAGUUGACCAUCAUCUGCUGUCCUGUAACACUGACUGAAACCAACCAAUACAGUGGAUUUCAAAAUGUAUCUUUUUCUAGAACAACGUGUUAGAACUGUGGUCAUUAUUUGACUUCCUCAUGCCUGGCUUUCUGGGCAGUGAGAAGAAAUUUCAAACUCAAUAUGGAAAACCUAUCUUGAUGAGUCGAGAUGCGAAAUCUUCAUCGAAAGAACAAGAGGAAGGUGAGUGGAAUGGGUUAAUUAGGACUUCUAAUUAGUCUAAUUAUUCACUAAUUAGGAGGAGUUUGACUUCUGACAGGUUAAUUAGUACUUCUAAUUAGUCUAAUUAUUCACUAAUUAGGAAGAGUUUGAUUUCUGAUGAUGCGUUAAUUAGUAGUUCCAAUUAGUCCAGUUAUUCACUAAUUAGGAGGAGUUUAAUAACUUCUGACUGGUUAAUUAGUACUUCUAAUUGGUCUAAUUAUUCACUAAUUAGGAGGAGUUUGACUUCUGAUGAUGCGUUAAUUAGUAGUUCUAAUUAGUCUAAUUAUUUACUAAUUAGGAGGGUUUAGUUUGACUUCUGACGACCCACAUUUUUUCAGGUAGUUCAUAUACAAAGCACGGCAGUUUAUUAUUCAACCAACACCGGACCACCUAGUCUGCGAACCCACACGUCAUUUCCGACGCUCAUUCUCAACACCGGACCACCACGUUUGAAGAUCAGAAUGUUUUCUUUCUCAUUAAAGGUGCGUUAGCAAUGGAAGCUCUCCAUCGUCAAGUGUUGCCUUUCUUGUUAAGAAGAAUGAAGGAAGAUGUCUUGCAAGAUUUACCGCCGAAAAUUAUCCAGGAUUAUUACUGUGAAUUAUCACCAUUGCAGGUAUGGAAAUAUCUCCAUGGAAAUAUCUCCUUGUUGGACUGCAGGAAAGUUUUAUAUCCAGGUUGUGAUCCCAGGAAGACAAUUAUAUUCUAGAGCCCUCAUUCCGGUUUCCUCCUGUAGUGGAUUAAUAAGGGAUGACACUUACUUCACCUCUAGGGAUUUUAUAAGGGAUGACACUUACUUGACCUUUGGGGACAGGGAUGACACUUACUUGACCUCUAGGGAUUUUGUAAGGGAUGACACUUACUUGACCUUUUGGGAUAGGGAUGACACUUUCUUGACCUCUGGGGAUUUUAUAAGGGAUGAUACUUACUUGACCUCUAGGGAUUUUUAUACUUGUGUACUAAUUUCUUCAUUGUUUUAGCUUCAACUUUACGAAGAUUUUGCCAAAACUAAAGCAAAGCAGGACAUGGAAAACAGUUUGACAAACGAUGGAGAGAGAAAGAAAAAGGGACCACCGCACGUCUUCCAGGUUUGAAAACACGCCUUCAUGAACAUUAUAACUCCGGGUUGUAGAUGAGGUCAGUGCCCUGUACCUUACAGCUGAGUUAAUCCUGCUACUACAAGCAGCUUGACAGUGGGCAGUGUAUUGUUGCAUGAUGGGUACUAUGAGUUUGUCACCCAGGGUAUAAUACUUAUGGUAACCAGUAUACAGAAGUGGGAUAUUGGAUUCUCAGGGGGGAUACUAAACCUUGACUUCUGGUAUCCCAGUUGGAUAUUGAGAAAAAAAUUAAAUUUCAGACCUGUGGGGAACUAAUCUUGUAAAUGGUAUUCAAUAAAUAAGUAAUACCCUACAGCAUUACAUAUUUUCUUUAUCUCUGUAGGCUCUUCAAUACUUAAGAAAAGUAUGUAAUCAUCCAGCGUUAGUACUUACUCCAUCACAUCCUGAACAUCAACGUAUUACCGCGCAGUUAAAACACCAAUCCACAACUCUUCAUGAUAUCAACAACGCUAGUAAGCUGGUUGCUUUGAGGUGAGUUGUUGUUUCGACAUGUUUCUCUCACAUACCAUCUCUAGGGAGAACAGUUUAGAACUGAUAGAACUAUCCAGUAUAAAUAAAGUUUGUUUAGUUUAGGUUUCCUCCUGUAGUAACACUAGAUGAAUAAGAGAUGAUCCUUACUGGACCUCUAGGGAGAACAGUUUAGAACUGAUAGAGCUAUCCAGUAUAAAUAAAGUUUGUUUAGUUUAGGUUUCCUCCUGUAGUAACACUAGAUGAAUAAGAGAUGAUCCUUACUGGACCUCUAGGGAGAACAGCUUAGAACUGAUAGAACUAUCCACUAUAAAUAAAGUUUGUUUAGUUUAGGUUUCCUCCUGUAGUAACACUGGAUCGAUAGAGAUGAUCUUUACUGGACCUCUAGGAAAAACAGUUUAGAACUGAUAGAACUGUCCAGUUUAAAUAAAUUAAGUUUAGUAUUUUGUUUAUUGUUUCUUGUCAGACAACUGCUUCAAGACUGUGGUAUCGGAACAGUGCAUACGUCAGAUGGCGUGACAGAUCCAAUAGUCUCUCAACAUCGCGUGCUGCUGUUCUGUCAGUUCAAGAGCAUGUUGGAUAUUGUUGAACAAGAUUUAUUCAAGUAUGGACAUAGAUCUUAUGAUCUUCGCAUUUGAUCGAAAUAUUAUUCGCAAAGGCUCUUAAGGGUGUUGGAGUAGUGUUUGAUGGGUAUUGUAGAUGGAAAUUGUCGAGUGGAAAUUUAUAUACAUUUGUUAGACUUAACCAGGAACAGAAGCGAAAAAAUGCAAAUUUAGGUCCCUGGCAGGAAUUGAACCUGAGCCCCUGUGAUUUCGGUGCAGCGCUCUAACCAGCUGAGCUACAGAGUCCAGUUGUCGAGCUCUAACCACAAGUUUAUGUAUAUAUACUAGGGUACUGCCAUGUAUAGGUUAUGUGUGAAUAUCAAGAUUUUGUUGGCAUCUCCUCCAAUUCAGUAAUAGUUGAAGUGUCUUGUAGAUGGAAAUUAUCGAAUUGAAAUUUAUAUACAUUUAUUAGAGUAGUGUAUCUUUCACCUCUAUGACUGGGUUUUGAUUUCUGUAAUAUGUACUUGUCUGAUUAUAAUUUCACUUUGAUUGCAUGUGACCAAACAUCAGUUUCUCCAGUUAUUCCGGACCAAUACAGGAGGGCCCUUACUUGGAGGGCGUGGCGGAGGUGAAACCCUCUGAAAUAGGUUGGAUCUUUACUGGACCUUCAGCGAGCACCAUUUUAUUUUAUUAUUUAGAAGUCACAUGCCAACUGUGACCUACCUUCGUUUGGACGGCAGCACACCCGCUGGUCAGAGACAUUCUCUUGUUCAAAGGUAUAUAUACCGUAAUACUCGAAGCUUAAUGAAAAAAAUUCAGAUUCCAUGCGGUAGAAAAACCCCUUAGGUGUGAUCAACCAAGAUGAAAUGUGUCUUCACCAAACUGAAAAUUUAUAUCUCGACAGCAAAACAAUUUGAAUAAAAAUAAUUGAAAAGAAAAACAGCGCUCCAUCCAAACUUUUUGCCUUUGCCAAGACGAAACUCCUCUUUUAAUACAGGCAUGUCAAAAUAUCAAAAUAUGAAGGGUUACCCUGAGUAACCUGUAUGAAUCUUAGUAAGACAAUGCUUGAUAACAGAAGCUCUUAAAAUUUGAAGACUACCCUGAAUUUUGUAAGAGAAUGCCUGAUGCCGUUCAUGUUGUAGAUUUAACGACGAUCCAUCAAUUGAUGUCUUACUGUUGACAACGCACGUUGGAGGUUUGGGUUUGAACCUGACAGGAGCUGAUACAGUCAUCUUUCUGGAACAUGACUGGAACCCAAUGAAGGACGCGCAGGCCAUGGACAGGGCGCAUCGUAUCGGCCAGAAGAAAGUCGUCAAUGUUUACAGACUAAUAACAAGAGGAACGCUGGAAGAAAAGAUUAUGGGGUAAUUAUCUCUAAAUAAAGUUAGUUUAGGUUUCCUCCUGUAGUAACACUGGAUCAAUAAGAGAUGAUCCUUACUGGACCUCUAGGAAGAAUAGUUUGGAACUGAUAGAGCUAUCCAGUAUAAAUAAAGUUAGUUUACUUUAGGUUUCCUCCUGUAGUAACACUGGAUCAAUAAGAGAUGAUCCUUACUGGACCUCUAGAGAGAACAGUUCAGAACUGAUAGAGCUAUCCAGUAUAAAUAAAGUUAGUUCAGUUUAGGUUUCCUCCUGUAGUAACACUGGAUCAAUAAGAGAUGAUCCUUACUGGACCUCUAAGGAGAACAGUUCAGAACUGAUAGAGCUAUCCAGUAUAAAUUAUAAAGUUAGUUUAGUUUAAGUUUCCUCCUGUAGUAACACUGGAACAAUAAGAGAUGAUCCUUACUGAACCUCCAGGAAGAACAGUUCAGAAGAAAGACUGUUUAUCCAGUAUAGACAGGGAUAAUACUGUAGUUAUUAACACGUGAUUAAAAACGUUUCUUCUUCUAGGCUACAGAAAUUCAAACUAAAUAUCGCCAAUACAGUGAUCACACAAGAGAACUCGAGCUUCGCCUCGAUGGACACGUCACAGGUGCUAGACUUAUUCACAGUCGAGAAUAAAAAAGACAAGACGACAGCUAAGAAACCUGCGGCAAAUAAAGCAUCGAUGUCAGACGUUUUAGAGAACUUGGGCGACUUGUGGGAAGAAGACCAGUACGAACAGGAGUAUGAUUUGAAUAGUUUCAUGAAUAAACUCACGUCGUAA